CCUUGAAUAUUCUUGCAGUAUCUUGCAGUAGAAGUUGCUGCCUGAGUAUAUUAUAUUACGUAUGUUAUAUAAUGUGUGUGUGUGAAGAUAAACUGCAGUAAAUCACCUGACAUGUUGAAUUUCAGCAGAUUCGGUGCAGGAAGAUAAAAGUGUAGACCGUGAAAUGCAUCACAAAUGUGUUGGAGAGAAGAGAGAAAUAGGCUGGCAGGCAGAGUGUGAGCAGUAAAGAGAGAGGAGAGUCUCAUCGAUACAGUUGUUCUCUGACCGAGAGUCAUUAAGACUUUUUCAUCAUCAUCAUCAUCAUCAUCAUCAUCACCACCACCAUCACCAUCUUCAUCCAUGUCAGUUCUUCCUCUGCGGGUGAAAAUGUUGCGGCAGGUCUGGAGGUUGAAGGGCAUCUUCGUCCUCGUCUGCAGCCCGUUCAUCCUGCUGCCGCUCGCAAUCAGCACCUCGGAGGCAGCGUGUGCUUAUGUCAUAGCCCUCAUGGCGGUGUAUUGGUGCACUGAGGUGUUGCCGCUGGCGGUGACGGCACUGCUGCCGACCAUCCUGUUCCCCGUCCUCGGCAUCAUGGAGUCCAAAGAUGUGUGUAUGCAGUACCUGAAGGACACUAACAUGCUGUUUGUAGGCGGGCUGAUGGUGGCCGUGGCCGUGGAGCACUGGAACCUGCACAAACGCAUCGCGCUCCGAGUGCUGCUGAUGGUCGGAGUCCGACCCGCCCUGUUGAUGUUGGGGUUCAUGGGAGUGACGGCCUUCCUGUCCAUGUGGAUCAGCAACACGGCGACCACCGCCAUGAUGGUUCCUAUCGUCCAGGCCGUCCUGGAUCAGAUCCAAGGCAAAGUAGACCCCGAUAACUCCUCCAAGAACCACAGCAGGAGUGAAGUUUUACAGAAGGAGCAUCAGGAGAAAACUAUCAGCAUCCUGCAAACCGCUGCUUCCAACAUCCCGGAGAAUCCUGCUGUGAACAGGGAAACUUUGACACAAGGUGGCUCAGAGAAAACCAGCAACAACCUACAAGACAACAUGUCGUCUGAACAGAAAGAGGCAUCAGAGGAUCGCAUGGACAGGCAGGAGAACAUCAAACCAACACCACAAGACAAACCUCCAUCAGACCGCGCCGACAGCAGGACAGUGGUCGUGGAGAGCGUCUGCUGUCCGCUGGAGUUGGAGGAGCUGAGUGACGUGGAGGAGGACAGGAUGAAGAUGAGCAAAGGCCUCCUGCUGUGUGUGUGCUACGCAGCCAGCAUCGGCGGCAUCGCUACUCUGACAGGAACCGGACCAAACCUGGUUCUGAUCGGACAGAUGAGCCAACUCUUCCCUCAGAACGGCGAUGUGAUCAACUUUGCGUCCUGGUUUGCGUUCGCCUUCCCCACCAUGGUGCUGAUGCUGAUGCUGGCCUGGUUCUGGCUGCAGUUCCUCUACAUCGGCUGCAAUCUGCGGCGGACGUGGGGUUGCGGGACGGCUCAGUCGGAGAAGGAGCGCGCAGCGUACGAAGUGAUCAGGGAUGAGCACCGCCGUCUGGGACCCAUGAGUUACGGAGAGUUCAGCGUCCUGGCACUCUUCAUCCUCAUGGUGGCGCUGUGGUUCACACGAGACCCGCGCUUCAUGGACGGAUGGGCCACACACGUCUUCAAUGCCAAGGCCGAGUUCGUCACUGAUGCGACCGUCUCUCUGUUUGUUGCUGUGUUGUUGUUUGUUCUUCCCUCUGAGCCGCCGCGAUACCUCUGCUGCUGGAGGAGCUCUGAUACAGACUCCCAGGUGUCACGAAGCCCCGCCCCGCCCCUCCUCACCUGGCAGGUGACUCAGAAGAAGAUGCCCUGGAACAUCGUCCUGCUGCUGGGAGGAGGCUUCGCGCUGGCCAAGGGCAGCGAGGAGUCUGGUCUGUCCCGCUGGCUUGGCGCUCAGAUGACGCCGCUGCACUCCAUCCCUCCGUGGGCCAUCGCCGUCAUCCUCUGCCUCCUCAUCGCCACCUUCACCGAGUGUGCCAGCAACGUUGCCACAGCAACACUCUUCCUGCCCAUCCUGGCCUCCAUGUCCCAGUCUAUAAGCUUGAACCCUCUGUACGUGAUGAUCCCGUGCACCCUCAGCGCCUCCUUCGCCUUUAUGCUGCCGGUGGCCACGCCCCCCAACGCCAUCGUCUUCUCCUCCGGUUAUCUCAAAGUGUCCGACAUGGCUAAAACAGGCGUGGUGAUGAACAUCAUCGGGAUUGGCUGCAUCAGUCUGGCCAUCAACAGUUGGGGUCGCGUCAUGUUCAGUCUGGAUUCCUUCCCUUCAUGGGCAAACACCACCGCACCUGUGUAGAAGCAUUUCUGUUUUCUACAACCUGCUGCCAGAUCUUAUUUUUUUUGUCUGCAUUUUCAGGCUUCAUCACUUGACUCUGGAUGGUGAAAUUUCCCAGCAUGGAAUAUGUUUUUUUAUGUUUGUAUACUGUACAUCCUGCAGAAUGUGACGGCUGGUUCUGAGCCACCAGAAGCAUCAAGAACGUGUUUCCCAGAAGUUUUGUUGUCAAAACUUUACUUGUCUUUAGCAGAAACUUUGUUUUUUUAAAAUCCUGACAGAACAAAUGUUUGCAGCGUCAACUGCUCAGAGGAUUUGUGGUAACUUAAAUCUCCAGCUGCAGUUAGAGGCUGACAUGCUUAAAUAAAAAAGUCCCAAAUAAUAACCCGAACAAGUACAAACAAGGGAUGGUCCCUCACAAAGUCCAGGUAUGAAAACACAAAAAAGGGGGGGCACUGCUGAAACCACUUCCUGUUUAACACUAAUACUGAUUUAAUUCUCUAAUUACUCCCAAUCGUUUCUACUUUGCUGUUUUUUUGAUGGAUUUUAAGCUUUUGUCAGUGAAACUCAUCAUUUCCUGCAGGUGUUUUAUAAUAUUAAUUUCCACAGUUUUAACAUUUGUUUAUUAAGUUUAAACUUGCUUUAAUUUUUUUUUUUUUUUGGCCACUUUGGGGCAGCAGAACAACCUGCGAACAUCGCUCUUAAAUAUUAUCAAUAACUUGUGAGCAAAAGCUGCAGAUACUCAUAUUUCUGCAGAUGAAACCAGCAAACGUUUGGCAAUCGAUUAUCAAAAUUGCUCAAAUCUCAGUUUCACUUUUUAACACUUACUCUGCUUUCAGUGCUAAUUAAUUAAUUACAACUUCGUCCACUUUGCCAUUUUAACAAUCUUUGUUAUCUUCAAUUUUAUAGUCGAUUUACGUGUUUUACUCAUGUGUCAAACAAAAUUGCUAAUUGCUAAGAUAUUUCACACUGAAACCUGCACACUGCGACUUUGUUCCCAGUUCUUUUAUUCUACAUGUGAAUAAAAAUGUUUUGACUAAAAAUAGUCUUCUUCAAGAGUGAAAAGUAGUUCUGAUAUUUUAUCUGUCAUGUCCAUGUAGAAUAUCAGUGUGCGAGUAUUUUUUUUCUCAUUAAUUUAGUUGAUUAUUUCCCAGGAUGUUUGUGCCUUCUGAUGAUCACAUUAAAAGUUCACCAGGAGCUGCAAAACAUCUGUCCAAGAAGUGUAUCAAGAGUAUCAUUGGCGGUAGUUCAACAAUCAUUUUAAAAAAGACAGCAAAGUAGAAUCAGCUGUAAAUAGUUAGCGAAUAAAACAGUUUUGAGGUUACAAAAAAAAGAGAAAGUAUUUUUAGCAGAGUUGUGAGUAUCUGUUGUUGUACUGAUGGAAUUAGUGCUGUGAAAAUGUACAUUAAUCUCAAUUUAUACUAAAUUUAACAGGACAGAAUAUAAACAUUGGGAACGUUAGGGUUAGUUUGCAUCAACAGCAAAUUAAAACAGGAGCAAAUCAGGAUAUACAGAGGCUAAAACACAGAAAACUAGAAAUAAAAGUCUGUUUCAACCAAGAAGCUUUACUUCAGUUGGGACAAAUAAAGUCUAACAUCUAAUAAUAUAGUUUCUCCUUAAAGGACCAGUGUGUAGGAUUUAGUGGCAUCUAGUGGUGAAGUUGCACAUUACAACCAACUGAAUACUGAAUA